GGUAAACGAAGAAAGGAGGAGCGCUCUUCGUUUAUCUCAAAUCCCCAGGAAAAAAAAAUAUAUAAUUUAAAAAGGAAAAUAAGAAGAGAAUCCUUGCGUUGACGCCGUCGCGCUCCGACUCACGUCCGUCACUCGUCGCUUUUGUAAUUAUGCGGUGAUCUCUCAACGGACGUUAACGGAGGUCCUUUUGAACGGCUCUCCUCCGUUAACGUAGACAGAGCAACAGUUGGGAUUCACGCGAUCAGGAGCUCUCUGGAACUGACGUUUAAAUAUAUUUGAGAUUGUUAGGCUGAACAAAGAAAGCAUAUCUAUUCAGCGAAGACAUUAAAAAAAAAAAUCUAUAAGGAACUGGAGAUGGGAGAUCAUCAGGUAUUGCGUGUAGGUUAUGCGAAGGUGCCAGGAGCUACUGAAUCAAUGCAAAAUGUUGAACCCUCAAGGUCUUUUAGAGAAGACGCGAAUAUGCCUAUUUUCGCUGCUAAAUUCUUUGCUGAUAAGAGCAAUGUGAACAUUGCUUCUUCUGAAGAAGAGGAGGCUCUCAUUCAGACACCAGAGUGUCGUAUUUGCCAGGAGGAAGACGAGAUUGAAAACUUUGAGACUCCGUGCAAUUGUAGUGGCAGUCUGAAGUAUGCUCAUAGGGCAUGUGUGCAGCGCUGGUGCGAUGAGAAAGGGGACACAACUUGUGAGAUUUGCCAUGUGCGCUAUGAACCUGGUUAUACUGCACCUCACCGAGUUCAUGCAGAGGAGACAGUCAUUGAAAUCAGUGAAGGUUGGGCCAUUACUGGUGCCCCCUUGGACUUGCAUGAUCCUAGGCUCAUUGCUGUGGCAGCUGCUCAGAGCCAUUAUCUAGAUUCAGAGUAUGAGGACUAUGAGGAUACAAAUGCUAGGGGUGCUGCUUUUUGUCGCUCCGCUGCUAUGAUUUUAAUGGCUCUUUUACUCUUGAGACAUGCAUUUAACUUCACUGGUGAUGAUGGGGAUGAGGAUGCUUCCACUGUUCUUUCUCUUUUCUUACUUCGAACUGCUGGAUUUCUACUACCAUGCUACAUUGUAGCUUGGGCAGUAAGUAUUGUUCAGCGACGGAGGCAAAGACAGGAAGCUGCAGCCAUGGCAGCGACAGAAGUGGCGUUCAUACUCCAGUCAGCAGAAGGAAGAGCUUUUCAGUUUACCAUUGCACCAGAUUCUCCCAUAACUCCACAGCAAGAACCAAAUCAAUGAUUCGAUCUCGCUAAUCACUUAACUUCCAAUGUUCCCUCUUUCAGUUUGUUCAUAGUUGUUGUAAUUGUUCAGUAUUACCGAUGUAAUGUAUAAUACUUGUGUGAAACUUCUCCAGGGUUCGAUGGCAGAAGAGAGGAAGGCAAAUUUGAAAAGAGAAAGAAAAAAAAAAGUUGCUUUGCCAAGUUACUAAUUCUAUGAUUAAAUUGUUCGAUUAUGGUAUACUUGAGAUUGCUGGCUUUGCUCUCA